GGAGUAGUUUUGAAAAUCCUACAAAUCGAAGAGGGCCGUAAUAGUUGUGACUGUGAACAAAGUUGUAAAAAGUACGUUUUUGUAGGCCGCAGCCAGAGGGUACAUAGUUUGGUGUAACUAGCAGUAGGCGCCAGCCUGCUGGUCCACUUCUCUAUGCACAAAUAUUCCCGACCUCUGCGGCUCCAAUUUGCAAAAGCUACUCGAGAAUUAACCCAACCCACCCGGCCUCCUCCUACCAACCAAGCAGCUCCAAGCCUCCAAACACCAAGAAAUCCACAGAAACUGAGAUCUCUCUCUCUGACCCGACGGAUCCCGGGUUGUUGUAGUUGGGCAAUGGCGACCGACGCGAUCCUGGAGACCAUCAAGCCUCGGCGGAGCCCGUGGCUAGAGGACCUCCCGGUGACGAAUGGGGGCGGAGGCGCAGCGAAGGGCGCCAAGGUCGACCUGAGCGGGAUGCGCCGGCGCGUGUCGUCGUCCUUGUCACUGAGCCUCCAGCCGCUGUCCUCGUCGUCGUCCGCGGCGUUCCGGCGCGCGCGGUCGAUGCCGUCGAUCAAGGCGCUGGCGGCGGCGGGCGCGGUGCGGCAGUGGUGGGAGUGGGGGCUCGGGUGGGUGAUGACCCGGAAGCCCUCGUUCGCGCGUGGCCUCGAGAUGAACGACGAGGAGGCCGCCGUGCUCGGUUGCCACUGCCGCGGCACGCUCCGGCACGUCUUCUACAAGGCGCGCGCCGAGGUGCGCCGCCUCCUCGGCCGCGACGGCCUCCCGCUCGGAGGCGUCGCCGCGCAGGACUUCAGGUACGACUCCGUCAGCUACGCCCAGAACUUCGACAACGGCGACGUCGACGCCAGAUGCUAGCCGCUUCGCCUGAUCACGCGUGGAUUCGGAUGCCGCCAUUCGUGUCGAAAGGGGAGGUAUACAUGGGCACAUGGCUCGGUCGAUCGAUCGAUCAUUGCGGCAUUAAUUGUUGCAUACGAACUAUAUUCAGCUUCUUGAACGCGGCAAUAAACCGAAUUGUUUGUAAGAUACUGGUAGCAUAUAGCACGGCGUGUGUGUGUGUGUGUUUCGUCUCGACGAUCGCAGCUGAUCCAGCAGCGAGUGAUGCGUACUGUCGAGGGACCAGAUGUAUAUUUCUUCCACUCUUCGUUCUUGUGUUUUUCCGAGUCUUUUCUUGGAUACAUCCGUCCCUACCCUACAAUGUAACAGAGCCCGUGGAUCAGGAUGGGGAUCUCGAGCUGGCAAAAUGUACAUGUUCCUGUAACACAUUGCAAAAGCAAAUCAAUAAGCAUUUCCGGAA